GCUAUUAAAAGAAUUCAAGCCCCUGCUGGUUGUUCCAGUAGCUGUGCAGAGGGUGCCUGUGAAUGGAGGGAGAGUCGAACUGCCCGAUCCACUAAUUAAACCUGGGAAACAGCAGCCACUCUCAGCUUGGAUUUUGCUCCUCAUGUACGGCAUCCCAAAUUAACCCGAUCGCAGAAAAUGGGAAUAACAUCCAUUUUUGUUCUGCCCAUUCUGGUGGUUCUGGGGGCAGGAGUAUAUUACGUCUACAAUGAGGUGCAAAAGUUCAUGUCCAAGUCUGUGGUGCGCAACAAAGUGGUCGUGAUAACAGACGCCACAUCAGGAGUAGGAACCGAAUGUGCCAGGUUGUUCCACACACGAGGGGCCAGGCUUAUCCUCUGCGGCAAGAGCUACGACAAGCUGGAAUCUCUUAGCGAUGCGCUGAGCAGUGCGUCAGACCCGCGCAUGACCUUCACCCCCAAGCUAGUGCUGCUCGAUUUCAGCGACAUGGACAGCAUGCCCAGCAUCGUCACAGAGAUCCUCGAGUGCUUCGGCUGUGUGGACGUCCUGAUCUGCAACAGCAGCAUGAAGGUCAAGGCACCAGUGCAGGCCCUCUCUCUGGAAAUGGACAAGACAAUCAUGGAUGUAAACUACUUUGGACCCGUCACCUUGGCCAAAGGUGUUCUGCUGUCCAUGAUCUCCAGGAGGACCGGUCAUCUGUUACUGGUUAACAGCAUCCAGGGCAAACUGGCUGUACCAUUCCGCACUGCGUAUGCGGCAUCCAAGCAUGCGGUGCAGGCCUUCUUCGACUGCCUGCGGGCCGAGGUGGAGGAAAGCGGCAUCUCGGUCAGCACCAUCGGCCACACGUUCAUCAGCGCCUUGGCCCAGGACCUCAGCCCGUCCUCGCCGUCUGACAAUCCCUUCUGGACCUUCGUUUACAGACAGCUGUCCCAUGGAGUUCACCCAGUGGACCUGGCUGAGGAGAUUCUGAGCACGGUGAGCAGGAAGAAGAGGGAGGUCCUCCUAGCCCACCCCAUCCCAAGAGUGGCACUCUAUAUCAGGUCCAUCUUCCCAAGCCUCUUCUUUGCAGUGGUUGCAGCUGGAGUGAAAGACUCAGCCAUGGCUGAACAGCUACAGUAGAAAGAGAACAUGGGUAUACAGAGUGGCUGGCACAUAUGUGGCUAAUCUAGACCAAGCCUGGUCCAUUUUCUAUGUGUGUGCUGUAGGUUACAGUAUAAGGCUAAUGAAACGUAGGAGACUGAAAGUGAACGUCUGUAAGGUGGUAAUUUAGUCAAUAGUUUUAAGACAUGAUAGACUGAUGUGCAUAACGAAGGGAAAUAAAAAGAACAAAUCAGAAUCUAUGAAUUUUCUGUGACUUAAAAUAAAACCUGUUUCACAGUAUUUUUAAAACCUCAGACUGGUGAGAUGUAUUCGGUGGAAAAAACAGAAAACAGUACUUAACUAAGAAUUAGAGGUGAGUUCUCUAUUAUAUAAACAUUUAGUCAUGUACAAAUUAUUAAGAAACAGCAGCAUAAUAAGAUUUUUGUGUUAUUAUUUUAGAUUAAAUGCCAUAAAAUACAUUUCUUAAUGCUGAUAGGAUAUAUAUCAGGGGGAAUUAGUAUUUUUAGAAAAACAGCACUGUCUCUGUAUAAUGAGAUGGUGUAUAAAUCAGGAAAAAAUGUCAUUGUCAUCAAAUGAUAACUUACACUGAGCAAAGUUAUUUCUACUAAGCUUAAAAGCAUCAGCAUUAUUCCUGACCUCUUAAAAUUCGUUUUGACGGCGUACUGUAUGUGGAAACUAGCAAAACACCGCCCCCUAUUGGCGAAUGCAGUGAAUUAUUGCAACAAGAAAAAGAUCGUGCAAAUGAUUGUGUCUGCUUUGGUUGUGUUGCGGUAGCUUGGAAAAUGUUUGAAUCCAUCAGCUAUUUUUCGUCAAUGUACAAAUACACGCGGUCGUGCCACAAUGAAAAUAUAGAGGCCUAUUUUGUAAAACACGUUCUAAAUGACAGAUUUAACAAAAUCUACAGUAUUUAUUCCUGUUGUAAAAGCAGCGCGUUUUCUUUUCUAAUUAUUUACGUUAUAGAUAGUGACGCUGAAAAAAAUCGACAAAACAUAAAAUCGACAAUGUCACGAAGCUGAUCAGGCAAGGGUGUCACUGGCAGCUGUGCGUCAACAUGGGCGACUUCCUCAGUUACACAAGAUGACUAAAAUGCGCAUGAACACUACGUACUAAACUAAGCCACAUGACGCGACAGACGCAGGCAUCUAUCUAAAUGUAACUACACCUUGUUUAAUCUGUUCGAAUUCAAUUUUAUGUUUUGCAUCUGAUGUAAAUAGGUUCUAGGUUGUAUUAAAAGCGUUUCUUAAUAAUCUCCUUCCGUAAAUAUCACGCUGUGUCCUAUAGGCUAUAUGGAAGCCCGUUUCCGCCACGUUAAAAAAGUUAAAAUAAUUACAACUUUAUUUCUCAGAAUUACAACUUUAUGGUUCGCUAAUUUAUUAUUAUUAUUAUUAAUAAUAAUUAGGCACCACUACAAAAAAGAGUGCAGUUAAUGUGUAUGUGUUUGUAUUGAUGCUUUUUGAGUGUUUAUUGCACUUAAUACCGUAUUCACUGAAUGACAGAAUGUCAGCAGCUGGUUACAAUGAAUUUUCAAAUGGUUUUUAAAAAUCAGACUGAAAAUUCAUUCCCAAUGGAAAAUAUAACGGCAAUAUUUUGUGAUUUUGUCCGUUGGUGCUCCACUUUCACUCAGACAAGCGGUUUUUCAAUUCAAUAAAAUUCAAUUUAUUUUUAUAUAGCGCCUUUCACAACAGAGUCGUCUCAAGACGCGUUACAUGGAUGUUUUGUGGUACAUGACAACAUCAUUAGAACAUGAUGUUUUGAACAUGAAUUGAAUUUUGGGUAUUAUUCUACCCCGUGCAUGAGCAUUUUUAAUUGUUUUGUAAAAUAACAACAACAAUACGUUAUAUGUCUUCAUGUAAUAGCCUAUACUUUGUCUGUGGUAUUCUAAAAUCCGCACAUAUCAUAUUUUGAAUCCUGGAAUAAAGUACAUAAAAUUGUUGUGCCAAGUAACAAUAUUAAAUUUUGCUCACAUGGGAUGAAUAUGUGUUCUGUCUAAGGUGCAGCUAUACAAGUUAACAAAAAUUACAAUGAAACAUUUGUAACUUUAAAGGCGAUACGUACGUAUUACCCUUUACAAAAAUGUAUUUUUUGGGUAACUCAUCAUAAUAUAUGGCUAAAGAACUUUCUGGAUGGAUGCAAGCUGCAUUUCGUUGCCAGGUACUUGUGACAUGUGCAAUGACAAUAAAGUUGAAUUCUAUUGUAUUCUAUUCUAUUCUAUAAUAAAGGUGGUAUUUUCAAACAGC